AUGGGGGGGGCCAUCCAAGAUGUCCUCACGGUUCAGAGAAGCUGGACCGACUCCGAGGGGUUCCCUGCCAAGUUUGGCUCUCAUGAGCACGAGGACUUCGGGAGCCCCGGCAGGAAUCCCCUCAGACGUGUCCCUAGAGCUGUUCGUUCCAGGCUGGCCAGGGAAUAUGAUCCUCCUGGCUGCCGCCACACCUUGUUAAGUUUCAGAGUUCCCUUGUUCCUGGACUCAGCGCCUGUCGCCUCCUCGGAGAAGGCACAGUCGGAGGCGCGAGUCCUGAUGCUCUUGAAGGCCAGAAUCUUGUCAUGA